UGCCAGCUGCGUUUUUUACAGCUCCAGCCCCCGAGCACAGCAAUUUCCGGCCUCGACUCCCAGGGAGCUUGCUCAUCGAAUUGAAUUGCCGCAUACCAGCCAGCCUAAGAAAGGAAAGCAUUACUCUUUCAGUUCUGGAAACGUGAUCGCGGCAUCCGAAAGCCAAGAUGCCAGCCCAUAUGCUGCAAGAGAUUUCCAGCUCCUACACCACCACCACCACCAUCACAGCGCAGAAUGGAGAAGAAAGGAUGGAAAAGAUCCCCCGUGACUUGGGAGAAGACAUCCGCCCCGAAAUGAAAGAGGACAUCUAUGACCCCACCUACCAGGAUGAGGUGGGCCCCGCACCGAAGCUUGAGUAUGUGUGGAGAAACAUCAUCCUCAUGGCUCUGCUGCACCUGGGAGCCCUGUAUGGGAUCACCCUGGUUCCUGGCUGCAAGGCCUACACCUGGCUCUGGGUUUACCUGUACUAUAUCAUUAGUGCCCUGGGCAUCACAGCAGGGGCUCAUCGCCUGUGGAGCCACCGGACCUACAAAGCACGGCUGCCUCUGAGGCUCUUCCUCAUCAUUGCCAACACCAUGGCAUUCCAGAAUGACGUGUAUGAAUGGGCCCGAGAUCACCGCGCCCACCACAAGUUCUCAGAAACUCAUGCUGAUCCUCACAAUUCCCGUCGUGGCUUUUUCUUCUCUCACGUGGGUUGGCUGCUUGUGCGCAAACACCCAGCUGUCAAAGAGAAGGGUGGUUUGCUGGACCUGUCUGACCUCAAAGCUGAGAAACUGGUGAUGUUCCAGAGGAGGUACUACAAGCCUGGUCUCCUGUUGAUGUGCUUCAUCCUGCCCACCCUGGUGCCCUGGUAUUGUUGGGGUGAAACUUUUAAACACAGCUUGUUCGUUGCCACUUUCCUGCGAUAUGCCAUCGUGCUCAAUGCCACCUGGCUGGUGAACAGUGCUGCCCACCUCUAUGGAUACCGCCCAUAUGACAAGAAUAUUAGCUCUCGGGAGAACAUCUUGGUUUCACUGGGAGCUGUGGGUGAGGGCUUCCACAACUACCACCACUCCUUCCCCUAUGACUACUCCGCCAGUGAGUACCGCUGGAGCCUCAACUUCACCACAUUCUUCAUCGAUUGCAUGGCUGCCCUUGGGUUGGCUUAUGACCGGAAGAAAGUAUCCAAGGCUGCCAUCCUGGCCAGGAUUAAAAGAACUGGAGAUGGAAGCUACAAGAGUGGCUGAGAUUCUAAGUUCCUGUUGCAAAAGCCAUCUGGGCAGAGGUUUAAUGUUUCAUUCAUUAACUACUGAAUAAUGCUACCAGGAUGCUAAAGAUGAUGAUCUUAACCCAUUCUAGUACAGUGUCUUAAAAGUGCAUAAGUAUUGAAAGGCAACAACUCUCCUUUAUGAUGAUAAACAUAUUCUUCUCUCUUCUAUUACUGUCCUUUGCUUUGCUUUGUUUCUAUAAACAUCCUUGUCUUCUUCAUUGCCUCCUAGGCCACUAUGGUCAGCCAUAGGUCUACAUCACCUCAAAGCCUACCAGCCUUUUUAAAACCUAAAAGUGAAGACUGGGGACAACUCUUUUUGAGCUAUUCUUUAUUAGAGAUCCAAGAAAAUCUUUUAAUUUUCCUCUUAAUUUUCUUCAGUCCAGGUAUUGCCAUGAGGAAUAAAAAAUAAUUGCAUUUGGCAGAGAGCUUGCAUGGCAGGUAAAUUGCCAGGGGACAAGUUUCAGCAUGUAAGAUAUGACUCAACAGUUAGAAUGUGGUAGAGGUGGGAACUAGGCGAGGCGAAGCUCUUGCUGUGAUCAAAGCCAGCUGCUUGCCUAGCAGAGGUAUAGAGCCUCUGCAUAGCCUUUCUCUACUGACUUAGAGUAAGUGAUAUCCAUGGAGCUUGGUGAUUCUCAAACACAGCACUUAACCUCAAUGUCUCAAUGUAGUUUAGGCAGAGAAUAAAGAAGGAAAAAUAGUCUGAGGGCUUUAUCUUUCUUGAAUAGCAAGGAGAUUUCUUAUUUUAUAGAAAAAGUCUUCAGGCUUGGUUACAAAAUUGAUGAGCAAAGACCUCAUAGUGUUAGCAGUCCAUGAGAUGCUCAUCUAACUUCUUCCACCUGUUCUACCCAUCUUCAGGAUUUUGUCACUACUUUAGAGUCAGUAAGACAGCUGUGGCAUUUCCAACUAUCCAAUGUUGAAAGUAUUUUUUAGGAGGUAAUCUUGGAUCAAAGUUAAAGCAUAUGUAGACAUAGAAACCUCUAUUGCAACAAGUAAAUAUUCAUUUGGGUAUUUCCCUUUGAGAAAGAAAUAUUAAGACAUUUGAAGGAGAGGAGGAAUUAUCCAAGUUACCUCUUCCUUCCAGGCAACAGCUGGAAAGGUUGAGAGGCAGAAUUGUAGGCAGCAUAUAUGAGGUAACUUUCCAAAGGAAGGACUCUGAGAAAACAUUGCCAGGGGAUUGAUUCAACAGUUAGAGUGCUCUCUAGAGAAACAAGUAUUAGCUCCCUUCAGUCCAGCUUCUCCUUUCAUUCGAAAAAGCAAGUUUCUUCCAGACAGAGUAGGAAUCUCUUAAUCAACCACCAUGAUUUUGAAUUGCUGCUUCUGUUAUAUCUGUCCCUUUUCUCCUCGUUCUGUCUGUUCUUUGACAUUUCUUUGGGUUCACAGCCCCCUGAGUCUGUACAGGGGAAUGAUUUACUGUCCUGGAAGCUUCCUAACCUGGAGAUACAGUGCUCCUAGACACUAUACCAAUGUAUUUCUUUAGCAAACAAUGCCAUUUCUUGGCUGGCUCUCCCUUUCCUGUGGCUUUCAGAUCUUUCCACCUCCAUCCCUGGAGCUUCUGCCAUGCUGAAACUUUUUAAAGGAAAAGUUUAACAAAUCCUCCAGGAACAUCCCUGGCUUAGACUCUUAUCUCAUAAAAGUCAUUGCCAAGACAAAGGCUCAUAAUGUGCAGUGAGCCAGCCAUGGAGCAAAGAUGGUUUGUUGUUUAAGUCACCUCUGUGUGGGUCAGAGCAGAAGAGAGCAUGCUCAAUGUCCUCUGAAUGUUCAGCAGAAUGACUUGGGCUAAUCAGUCAGUGUUCCCAGGUGAUACUGCAAUGCUUGUAGAAGGAGGAAGGCAUAUGGUCCUAAAUAGGAAGCACAAGAAGCAAGGGCAUGUUCCCAAGUGCCUCACAUUGAAAAAAAAUGCCCCAGUCCCCGGAUGCAGGUUCUGCUGCACAACUUGGGUUGAGACAUGAGAUGAGAUAUCCUGAACUUGGUAGGAAAAACUGUAUUUGAAGCAGUUACUGUAAUUGGGUAUCAUAUAGUCUUGGGCAGACAAUAGGAUAGAAGUCUGGAAAUAACACAGAAUGUCAGCAGUAUGAAGACCACAAACCUCUCCUGUCCCUUAUAGCUCAGUCAUCAGUGUAAAAGCCUAGCUCUUUUGUAUUAGGGUUGUCAAUGUUCAAUACCAAAUGCUGUAUCCAGGGUUGAGAUCCAAUAGUGGAAAGGGCCUUCUUGGGGUAACUGAAUAAAGAAUACAGAGACUAGCCUACAUGAAAGCAGUUUUAUCUUUGAGCUGCAAAUUAGAAUAGAAAUGAAUCUCAUGGAAGAUUAUAGUAGGUUAUAUUUGCUGAUCUGUGUCUUUGGACUGUCUUUUGGGUGAUUUUAUAGUUACACAGAUCAUUAGAUGCCUGCUAUAUAAUGUAGACUAUAAAAUCAGUUUUCCCUUCCAGUUCUUUUCUAAGGAUCUGAUCCAUGCCAUAUCCCUACACAAGACAAGGAUCCCAACAUGUAUGUGCUUGUGUAGAUAGAGGUGUGCCAGCUCACUAAGGAACACUAUUUUCAACAAUAUAAAGCUCAGUUCACAAGACACGUUAAUGAGAAACUCAGAUCAAGUGAAUUUCUAACAGUCCUUGCCUUGUGGGUGUGCUAACAACUUAUUUGGGUGCCUUACCUCUUUUCUAAACAGUAUUGCAUUCGAGCCUGCCCUAACUCCUUCUGUGGAGUCCCUUAAAACCUGAGAGCCUGCAGAUAUGGCAGUAUAAAAGCUGGCCUGUUAAGAGGAUUAAUUGUAUAUCAAUCUGAAGGAUUUCCUUCUGGGCUUCAUUUUGGGAACUUUUCUUAGUGUUGUUUUCAUGAAGUGACCAUAUUUGAUGGGUGGUGAAAGUAAUUUGAAUGCACAUGCUUUACAGUAUUUUUUUUAAUUAAACAUAGUUGUAGCAUUUAGGAUUGAAGUUCCUCCCCUCCCCCGCCAUGGUUUGCUAGUGUCCUGCUUGUCUUUUCUUUAUUCCUUUUUUGAAAUGAGUUGGUACAAAAAAAACAAAGAAAGUAAGGUGGCCAUGUUCUGUUGUUAGUAAGGCCAGGUCCUCCUAUCAUUGUGCUACUGUGAUCACGCAGACUAUAAUGGGUCCACUCCAAAGAUAAAGAUGUUAUUAAGUGUAGAAUCCUGACCUAAUCACCUCUUAAUAGUCCCACCUCUCAAUAGUUGCAUUGGGAUUAAAGUUCCAACCCAUGACUUGUGGGAUAAAUUAAAACCAUAGCACUGGACAAGUCACAUAACUGUAAUGUGACUCAAUAUUACUUCUGUGAAAAUGGGAUGAUAAUCCUGACUUAAGCCAAUGGGUAGAUAGGUGUAAGCAUGACAAAUGCUCUUUAUAAAACGUUUUGGGAUAUUUGCCUAUGUCCCAGAUAACAUCAUUAAUGUACAUCAUUCUCUCGAGAGACUGAAUCAUCUGGUAAAUGUUGACUAGUCAGACACAAUUAGAGAAUGCAUACUCACUGCUAUGAAAACAUGCAGGAUUCCAUUUGCUUCCUUGGGUGGGAUUUUUUUUUUAUGUGCAACAGUUAUUUGUAACCUAACAAUUUUGAAAUAAUUUCUUUUAAUAUCAACUCUGAAGUUAUUUCUACUCAUCUGAUAUUGUGUUUGUUCCUAAUAAAAGUGAGUGAAUCUGA